CCGCCGCCGCGGCAACUGUGCGCAUGCUCCGAAAGGCAAAACCGGGGUGGGAGAAAUCCCGUUUCCCCUUCCGGCUGAUGGUUCCCUCUGUCUACCGGCUCCUGUCAGGAUGGGGGCAGUGAGGAAAGAGCGGUUGGGCUUGUUUUGGGCAACAGCAUUUACUACAUUUAUACUUGCCAUAGAUGCAUUGUUUGUGGAAGACUUAGAUGAAUCGUUUAAAGAGAAACGUAAAGAUGACAUUUGGCUUGUUGAUUUCUAUGCACCUUGGUGCGGCCAUUGCAAGAAAUUGGAGCCAGUGUGGAAUGAAGUUGGUAAAGAGAUGGGAAGUAUUGGGUCUCCAGUAAAGAUUGGCAAGAUGGAUGCAACUUCUUAUUCUAGCAUUGCCUCUGAAUUUGGAGUUCGAGGCUAUCCAACAAUUAAACUCUUGAAGGGUGACUUGGCAUACAAUUAUAGAGGACCAAGAACCAAAGAUGAUAUUAUUGAGUUUGCAAAUAGAGUUGCAGGGCCUAUUAUUCGAAAUCUCCCUAGCCAACAUAUGUUUGAGCAUGUUCAAAAAAGACAUCGCAUAUUUUUUCUGUACAUUGGUGGGGAAUCUCCAUUAAAGGAAAAAUACAUAGAAGUUGCUUCCGAACUAAUUGUUUAUACAUACUUUUUUUCUGCCUCAGAAGAGAUACUACCCGAGCAUAUGACACUCCCUGAGAUACCAGCUGUUCUAGUCUUAAAAGAUGGAACUUACUUUGUGUAUGAUGAGUAUGUAGAUGGUGAUUUGUCAGCCUGGAUAAAUAGGGAAAGAUUUCAAGGGUACCUUAAUAUAGAUGGAUUUACACUCUAUGAGCUUGGAGACACAGGAAAACUUGUGGCUAUUGCAGUUAUUGAUGAUAAAAAUGCUUCUGCAGAUCAUGCAAGAUUGAAAUCUAUUGUUCAAGAUGUGGCUAAAAAUUACAGAGACCAGUUUCAUAGAAACUUCCAGUUUGGCUAUAUGGAUGGAAAUGAAUAUAUUAAUAGUUUAUUAAUGGAUGACUUGGUAAUCCCCACUAUUGCUGUCCUAAAUACAUCCAAUCAACAAUAUUUCCUACCUCAUAAACAAAUAGAGAGCACUGAAGAUCUGGUCCAGUUCAUUAAUGAUAUUGUGGAAGGCACAGCUGAAGCAUAUGGUGGAGAUGGAAUUCUUCAACGAAUCAAGAGAAUAAUUUACGAUGCCAAGUCUACAGUGGGAUCCGUUUUCAAGAGUUCGCCACUUCUUGGUUGCUUUCUGUUUGGUCUGCCACUGGGUGUCAUCAGCAUCAUGUGUUACGGGAUUUGCACUGCUGACUCGGGUGGAUCAGAUGAAAGUGAGGCCUCUAAGAAGGAAACCCCAAGCAGGGAUCUAACUGAUGAAGGCACGGAAGAGGAACCAGAGGAGGAAAGCAGUGAAAGUCCUGUAGAAUUUCCAGAGAGAGAGCAAGAACAGAAAACUAUAUUGGAAAAAAAGAGAGACUAAACUGUUAAUGUUUUUUUUUUCCUGUAGAAUUUCCAAAUAGAGACUUAUUUAUUGAAUUCAAUUACACCUGUGAUCUUCAGAGAUAAGAACUUUUUCAUUCAUUUGUGUUUAUGUGCAUGCAUUCAAGUUGCUUGGCUGUGAAGAAGAAUGGGGCUGGAGUUGGGGUUUUGAGGUCUCUUAUUGUCUCUGUUCUGCUUAAAAAGAAAAUUUGAGAUGGGUUAUUUUAAUGAAUGUACUCUGAGUUGGGUUAUAAAAACCCCUCUUAUUUUUUUUUUUUUUUUUUUUUGGAUACUGAUACAUAGAAUUAAAAAUAUUUUCUUCCAUUAUGGCCAAAGUAAUCCUUCCUUCCUUCUUUCCUUCCUCCCUCCAUCUCUCCCUCCUUCCCUCCCUCGAUUAAUUUUGCCUGUGAUAAAACCUAUAAAUACUGAGCUGUAGAAAUCUUUCAUGGGAAAUAUGCUUUGAGAUAUUGCAUAUUUUAAUGGCUAUACAUUCAAAACAGUAUUUUUUUUAUUUUUUAAGAAAAUAAUUAGAAUUUCUCUUUAGAAAAUGGGAUAGCUAAAGAGAAGUAUUACAAAUUCCCUGGCUUUUUUUAAAAAAACAUGAUUAGUAAAUAUAGAAAUAGCAUUUACUUGCUUGCUGUUUGAUCUCUGGAUCCAUUUGUUACUACUUUACAUUAUAUUGGUCCAAUGUGUUGCAGUAAAGGUGUUAAAUCUUUUUUCCUUUACAGGAAAUUUCCCUACAUUUUAACCUUAUGACAGUCUAAUGAUUCUGUUUGUUAAUUGCUGCACUAGCAUAAUAGUUUGUUGAAUAUGGCUUCUGCAUAGUUAAUGACAAAUCUUUUUUUUUAACUAAAUAAUAUUUAAGCUAUCUAAUAAAACCCUUGCUACAUCUUUGGUUUCUGCAGCUGAAAAGAAAUCUUAAUAUUUUAUUGACUUACAUUGAAAAUUCCCUUGACAUCUUUAUAUGGCCAGCAUUUUUUUUAAGAAAGAAUACUUUUGUCAUAAGUUUAAUUAUAUAUAUAUAUAUCAUCCCUCGUAUUGUCCCAUGAUAUGAAUAUGGACCAUGUUUCCCAGGUUGAGAUCUCAAGGGAUAAGCCAUAGGGUUAUACUUGGAAUAUUGAAACCAUGGUGAUUGCUAUAGCAAUCGUUUUUAAAACUGUGGCUGUAUAACAUUCAGUUUAAUGACUGAAAAUAAAAAUUGUAAGCUUAUGUGUCAUAGUGGAAUAUUUGGCUUUAAUCAGCACAGUUUCUUACAUACCUUGUCAAAUAUUAAAUUUAAUGUUGUUUUUUUUAAAAAUAUGACCUUAAGGCUAAGGAAUCUUUUGUUUGCCAUUUCAAUUACUUUCAUUCUCUAUAACAAACUCUCAUAACUCUAAGCCUAAUUCUUUGUCAUACAAUAUUUUAUUAAUUGGAAGGAAAUUAUACUACCCUUAUUGCAGUUGUUUUGAAAAAUAAUCAUACACACUUUUUAGAAGAAGAACCCCUUUCCUUGAUAAAAAUGAAUAUUGGUCUUUAAAAAAACACUUUAUAUUUCUUGUGUUUUCAGACCAAGUACUUUUAUUAGGAGUUACUAUCUUUCCAAAGAAUAAAUGGUUUUAUUCUGUGUAUAGUGAAUGGAAAUGUUUUAACUAUUACUGCUGGAUAUAUAAAAUGGUUUAUUUUUAUUGAAGCUUAUUGGACCUUCAACUAGUUUAUGAAUGUAGAAAUGCUUUAUAAAUAUUUUUCCCCUCAGGCGUUUCAGAUAUCUGUUCAAAUCUAGCUUUGGCCUACGUAGCAGAGAACACUUCUAGUUGCUGCAUAAUAGUUGCUCAAAAUGCCAAAGGAUAGUCAAUAGUUCUGAACGUGAUGCCUACUGCCCAGUGCAGCUUAAAGGGAAUUAAUAGCUCUCUCUUGUUGGUACCAUUUCUGUGCCCAUUAGAUAUUCUUAAUCAGAUGUUGACUGUCUCAAACAAUAAUAUUUAGACUAAGUAUAGUUUAUCAUUUUUUCUUUUGAAUGGCUAAACUUCCAGAUAGUUUUACUAAACUGAAAUAUAUUUCCAUUUUCACUCCAAUGUUUUAACAUAAUAAUUAGAAUGAAAAGCCUCUGGUAUGAAACAAAGUGAGCGAUCACGUGAAGUACUUCACUCAGUAGCUAUUAUGACUUGAAUCGGAAGUUCUCUAAUAACUUAAAUCCCAAAUAAACAUUAUCAAGUGUAAAUUGGUUGUGUGUGUUGGGGUAUGUGUAUACUGUAUAAUAACAAAGGUUGGUGCUGCAUUUAUGUGUAUUUUGGCACUAAUUUUUAUAAUAAAAGAUAUAAGAUUCCUUUUGGAUCA